AUGAUUAAUGAGCUGCCUACCGACCAUGCCGAUUUACCAAAGAAGAACAAUGAAGAUUCCAUUUCCGGAGAUAAUGGUGCGAACCAAUAUGAUAUCAGUGCGGAGGAGAAGGGUGUGACUGGAGAAAUGAAUCAAUUGCCUGAUUUACAACGCAGACUGAAAAGCCGACAUUUAUCCAUGAUCGCAAUUGGUGGGACUAUAGGAACUGGACUAUUCAUCGGCAGCGGAACCGCAAUCUCAUACGCGGGGCCCGUUGGGGCUCUUCUCGCUUAUGUUUUUGUGGGAACAAUCGUAUACUCAGUCAUGACUUCGCUAGGGGAGGUGGCGACCUUCCUGCCCGUAUCCGGAGCAUUUGCUUCCUACGCGGCACGUCUCGUGGAUCCGAGCCUUGGCUUUGCAAUGGGGUGGAUAUACUGGUUUUCUUGGGCAUCAACCUUUGCACUUGAGUUAACCGCUACGGGGAUGAUCAUCCAGUACUGGGAGAAGUCAGUCCCCAUCGCUGUUUUCAUUGCAGUGUUCUGGGUUGUGAUCAUUGCUUUGAAUUUGAUGCCCGUCAGUUACUACGGUGAAACCGAGUUCUGGCUAUCUAGUAUCAAGGUAUUGACAGUGAUUGGAUUCAUGAUUUUUGCCAUCUGUAUGAAUGCCGGCGUCGGCAAGGAAGGAUAUAUUGGCUUCCGAUACUGGGUACAUCCAGGCCCAUUCAACGCAUAUCUACUCACCAAUCCCGAUCAAGAUGCGCUAGCAAAAUUCAUCGGCUUUUGGGCCGUCCUAAUUAAAGCCGGAUUCUCAUACCAGGGCACAGAGCUGGUUGGUAUUGCCGCAGGCGAGACCCAGAACCCACGAAAGACAAUCCCAUCCGCCAUCCGUAAAUCCUUCUUCCGAAUUAUCUUCUUCUUCAUCUUGACCAUUUUCUUCAUCGGGAUCGUUGUUCCCUCCUCUGAUAGUCGUCUCACUGGCAGUGAAGGAAGUGGUGCCAGUGCUAACAAUGCGAACUCAGCACCGUUUGUCAUUGCUGCCAAGCGUGCUGGUGUGAAUGUUCUACCAUCAAUCAUCAAUGCUGUUCUCUUAACAGUGGUACUCUCGGCCGCCAACUCUAAUGUUUAUAGCGGAAGUCGAAUCCUAGUUGGUUUAUCAUACGAGGGCUUUGCGCCUAAGUGUUUCGCCAAAACCACCAAGUGGGGAGUACCAUACAUAAGUGUGGGAUUUACGGCCCUUUUCGGCCUUCUGGGCUUUUUGAAUGUCUCCAAUGCCGGGAGUACCGUCUUCAACUGGCUAUUGCAAAUCGCUGGCUUGGCAGGGUUUAUUACCUGGUCAUCCCUUAUCAUUUGCCAUCUUGGCUUUAUGAGAGCCUUGGAGGCACGUGGGAUUUCACGAGACACUUUGCCUUAUAAGGCGACUUGGCAACCAUACCUGUCUUGGUAUGGACUGUUUUUUAAUGUCUUGAUCAUUAUCACGCAAGGGUUUACUUCUUUUAUCCCAAGUUUCAGCGUGACAGACUUCUUCAUCAAUUACCUGAGUCUGAUCUUGUUUUCUGUGCUGUAUAUUGGGCACAAAUUCAUUAUGAGGCCGUCAUUUGUGCAUCCGCUUGAGGCGGAUAUCGACACGGGUAGAUCUGAGUUUGACGGGUGA